AUGCGUUUCAAGUGUGUUUCCAGAUUCUGUAAUUCAAUGCUAUCCGAAUCAGCUUUUUUGGAUAUACAUAAAUGUCAUUCUGGUGCGACAAAGUUUCGUUUGCACGGAGAAGGAGUUUAUUACACUGCGGAGGAAAAGAAAGAUGGAAAAGCCUCUGCCUCCGUUCUCCAAGUUGAGAGAUUUAAUAAUUUUUACAACAGCAACCCUGCAUAUUCUCGUUUGAAUUGUGUUAAUAGUUUAUUUUGUGCUUGGGAAUCAUCAUGUAUGCAACCUGCUGCAAUUUUCAAUCCCAGCACAAAAGAAGUAAGACUUCUGCCCAACCCUAAUGAAGGUAAAUGCUGGAAUACAUUUUCAUUAGGUUUUGAGCUGGAAGAAAACAAGUACAAAGUUCUCUGGACAACAUAUCAUCCUCGAGAAAGGCACACAAAGUACUGGGUUUUCACUUUAGGAAUAGACAUAUCAUGGAGAGACACUCAGAACAUUUUCCCUUGUAUUCCGUAUAGUAUGCCCAGUGUUUGCACUAAUGGAGUCAUCUAUCAAUUUGCUAUGGCAGAUUAUAUAUCUAUAGUUGCAUUUGAUGUUAAAUCUGAAAAAAUCGAAAAUAUUGCAUUGUGGGAUGCAAUUGAGUUUGUGUACUAUUACCAGUUGAUAGAGGUGAAGGGUAAAUUAGGGGUCAUAGAUUACAGACAAUGGGUAAGGAGAUACUUUGACUUAUGGAUUUUAGAGAAGGCUCCAAAAAGAGAAUGGGAGAGACAUAUUAUUGGGGUUCCCUCGAAAAGGAACACUACAGAGCCUAGAUUUGCAUCAUUCUUCGAUGGGGAGAUUGUAUUCGUCGUGAACUCAGGUGAUUUAUGUUGUUUGUGUUAUGAUUUCACAAGAAAGAGUUGGAGAGAAUCAAAAAUCAAGGGGCCUCCUAAGAAAAACGACAUCAAAGGCAUUUAUAGUUAUGCUGAAAGUCUUGUUCCCUUUGGGGGUGAUGAAGUGGAGAAUGUUGAACAAGAGGUGCACAAUAUAUUCUUAAAGCAAUUUAUGAACAUGGUGGACAAAAGUAAUUUAGCACAAAGGGAACUACAAUCAAAACUCACGGAACUUGAAUCAAUGAUGAUGGAAAAACGAGCAAAAGACAUGAAACUACAGGCAAUAAUCAUGGAGCUUCAAGCUAAGGUUGACGCUGAUCAAUUUGCAAGUUACAGGCCCAGCUAA